AUGGAAACGCGACUGAGAGGAAGGACAAUAUCGGUCGAUGAGCGUCCUACUGUCGCAACAAAGAAGCCGGUGAGCGAGAAACUCGGGACCAUCGUCGAGGAACCGUCAUCGGCAGGAGUGCCAGCGAGGACCAUGGCGACGGGAGGAGUGAAAUCGGCGGGAACGGCGACGAAGCCGGCGACUUCAACACCGGUUUCCACCGGAGAAGUGCGUCGGAUGCUGGCGGAUGCAAAAGCUGAUAAUGAGACGACGGUCGGGAUUGUCAAGCGGUUGGAGGAGCAGAUCCAGUUGCUGCGCUUGCUAAUGGAGGCCUCCAACGAGCAGCUGAAGGAAGCGCGAAGGGAGGUAAAAGAGGCGCGCGAAGAAGCUCGGGUAUGCGAAGCGGAACACCGCGAAGAGCUCCGCAAGGAGAAGGAGCUCUUCAACGCUCUUGUAGCGCAAACCCUUGGUGGAACCGGCGGAGCUCGGCUAGAGAGCCAGCAGGAACUGCAGCGGGAGCAGGAGCUGCUUCGGAGGAUGGAAAGCCAGCAACGACAAGAACAGCGGCAGCAGCUGGAAGAUCAACAGCGCCAAAGGUAG